CAAAUCUGAAAUUUGACCAGCACAUGAAUGAAUAAUGUUUUUCCCCUGCAGUGUCUUUCCUUGUGACGUGAAGCCAAUAAAGUGUGACUUCAUCUCCGCCUCUGAUGUGAAGAGAAAACACCUGCAGCCUGACCUUUGACCUCUCCUACCUCUCCAUCCUCCCUCUGUUUACCUCUCUCUCCUUAUUUGCAUAGCAGGACCUAUGAGCAGGACCAGAGUGCUCGUGCCCGUGGCUGCCUGUGCACGCCCCCGCGUUCGACUUGCUGCGUCGCGCUCGAACCUUAAACACACAGACGCUCGUGCGCAGAGGCAGACGCUCACCUCUCAAGAGAAAAGACGACUUUAACGCGAUAAAUUUGACAAUUUAACCGGUUUUUAACCAUUAAAAGUGUUUCUGGCUGAUCUCGGACAACACUAAAAGGAUGGCGGAGGAAGCUGAGCGAAAAAAACGCACAGGGAAAUUAAACUUAUCGUGUUUUUGAGCCAACUGACAUUCAGUGAGAGCGACGAGAGAGAGACGUUAAUAAUAAUGAGGGAGACUCCAUCCAUUAUGCAUCAGCACUCAUCAAAGGAUAUUUUGCUUUUUAAGAUUCCUUACCAGAGAUCACUGGGAUCUUAACAGAUCUAUUUAACCUCAGAAAUAACACUAUCUUCAUCAUCGGCAUCUUCGUAAUCUAUUUCGAUGAUAUCUUUUUGGCAGUAGGAGAGGAUUUAAAACAGAAGAGCUGGACUCUCGUUGAAAUCUCAAAAACAAAGGAGUUAACACUAUCCAAGUGUAUAUUUAUCAUGUAGACAAGUGCACAGAGAAAACGACAAAGCAAAGAUCACAAUGCCUGAAGGUUUUCGUGAAAAGGGGAGGCCUGGAGAAGAAGCACCACAGGUGCCUUUAGUGCCGGACAUUGUGGUCGUCUCCAGUUAUGGAGAGGGCAAAACCACUGGAGGCAAUAUUGUGGAGCUUGACAACUUCAAUCCAGUGAAAGACGGAUUGAAACAAUCAGCCCAAACCAGUGACAUUUUCCAAGGAAAUGAUAGCUCAAAAAACAAGAAUAAUACCCAAUUAAAUCCAAGUGAUCCUACUUUUGGGGGCCAAUCAGGACUCAGUGAAUCCCAGGUUUCUGUAGAGGUGGGUGUGGCUAAAACAGUGAAUGCCCAAGAACCUCUGGAGGCCAAUUCUUCGUUAAAGGGAACAGGUGUGACCCUGCAUGCUAUGGAUCACCAAGAUAUCCCGGUCAACUCAUCCUCUGAUAGGCUACAAACUGACAACGGUAUCUCAUCGCAAACCAACUACAGCAGCACAAAAUCCAGCGAACUGUCUGAGAUUGAUGCAAGCUCAUUUGAAAAGACGAAAUCUAUCUCUCCCGUGAAUUUCUCGGAACCCAGUUUAGACGCUACCAACGAAAUCAUCAAAAACAGUCCAGAUGACGAUCGAGGAGAUUCCAAAAUGGACUUUGCCGUUAAACCAAAAGCAGAAAGCUCACAGAGUGGCAGUUCACCUGAAUUCCCUGACACUUCAUUAAAAGUUGCCCAGCCGAGGGACAGCAUCGAUGUCAGGUGGGACGAUGAAUACGUAGACGAGGACGGAGACGAGGACAGGCGAAGCACCCGGUCCAGGCAGAGCGUGAAAGAGGGGGUGUGUUGCUGCUAUCAGGCGUUCCACAGGGCUUGUCUGCAGUGUGUGGAGGAGACUCCAGCCAUGCUGACUGGACUGGUGCUGUCUUUGGCUUUCUGCAUUGCUCUUAUCGUCCUCAUUCCCACCACAGGAAGGAACAUCGAUGUCCACGUCGGAGCUCUGUCGGUGCUGUGUGUGGUUCUCUGUCUGAGUGCUGUCCUGCUCGUCUGCCUGCCCUGGCUGGCCACCGUCAGGCGCUGUGGGGGAGCCCUGGCCCUCUUCGUCUGGGGGACUCUCUACAUCAUCGCCAUAGUCUUCAUCUUCACUGGAGGACCUGUAUCUACCUGGGAGCAGGUUGCGUUUUUCCUCUUCCUCUCUCUGAGCGUGUACACGGUGCUGCCUCUCUCUAUGGCCUGGGCCCUCAUGGUUGGGAUUGGGACCAGCAUUUCGCACAUCAUCAUCAUCAGCAUCUAUGUCCCCGUCACAAGCCCAGAGACACCGGACCUGGCUGUGCAGCUGGUGGCGAAUGCAGUGCUGUUUGUGUGUGUGAACUGCGUCGGGAUUUUCCAUCUGUGGAUGACCGAGCGCGAUCUCAGGGUGUCCAAUCAGAAGAGAGAAGAGUUCAGCGCCAUCCGCUCCAAAAAGGAAAUCAAGAAAUAUCAGCAGGAGCAGCUCCUCCUGUCCGUGUUGCCCCGGUACAUCGCCAGAGAGCUGAAAACGGAGGUGAUCAAGAACAUCUUCAACCCCAAAACCAACGAGGAGAAGAAUUCCAACCCUCACAACUUUCACAGCCUCUAUAUACGGAAACACAAAGACGUCAGCAUCCUGUAUGCAGACAUUGUGGGCUUCACAAAGCUGGCCAGUAGCUGCACACCAGAGGAGCUGGUCGCCGUGCUCAACAAGCUCUUUGGCAGAUUCGAUGACAUCGCCAAGAAGAACGGUUGUCUUCGCAUCAAGAUCUUGGGUGACUGCUACUACUGUGUAUCUGGUCUACCUGACCCCAUUCCCACCCACGCCAGGAACUGUGUUCAGAUGGGGCUGGACAUGUGCACUGCCAUCAGUAAACUACGUGAGGCCACGGGGGUGGAGAUCAGCAUGCGGGUGGGUGUUCACACUGGCAAUGUGCUCUGUGGUGUGAUCGGCCUGCAGAAGUGGCAGUACGACGUGUGGUCACAUGACGUCACGUUAGCCAACCACAUGGAGUCUGGAGGCCUUCCUGGGCGAGUCCACAUCACAGAGGAGACACUGCAGCACUUGAACGGAGCGUAUGAAGUGGAGAAGGGAGACGGAGGGAGUCGGGAUCCGCUUCUCCAAGGAAGAAAAACCUACCUGGUGAUUGACCCCCACAAGCAUAUUACCAGGAGGCUUAAAUCGGCAAACACGCUCACGCCGGGAGAGAACAGGCAGCGUGCGUCAGUCCGGAUGUCUCAGUACCUGCAGUCGUGGCAGAAUAUCCAUCCCUUCGCAGAUCUGAGCAACCCUGAUGCCAAGAAGCCCUCCAAGAAGCCAAUCGUCUCCACCAACAUGGCCACGAACCAAUCACAGCUGACUGCAGAAAGACCACCGUACCAGAGCAACCCUGGCGGUUUGGUUGUGGAUAACAGUGUUCGGGGAUCACUGGACCCGCUGGACACUGCAGAAAAAAGGCUAAAGAAGCUCAACUGUUUGACUCUGCUGUUCAACGACCUGAGCCUGGAGAGACAGUUCCGCCUCUCAGAGGUGAAAGGUUUACACCAGUCAUUAAGCUGCUUGGCUUUCAUCUUUGUGACUCUUUUCACCGUCCAGAUGCUUGUUUCUGAGAAAAACUUUGUAAUGGCAGUGUCAUACGGCGCAACGUUCCCUGUGCUGGUGUUGUUUCUGUCCAUCGCUUUCACUGGAUACUUGGAGAAAUGGCGCUCCAAGAUGCCGUUCAGUGUCCAGUGGAUAUCUGGGCUGUCCCGUGGCGUCUCCACCAGGGCGGCGCUGCGACUGUUUGUGGUCACUCUCUGUGUGCUCAUCACGCUGCUUAUGGCCAUCCUCAACUAUUUCUUCCUCCCAGGAAAUAACUGCACAUCCAUCGCUAACAAGACAGAGCUGGAGGGUCUUAAACUCUACACUGGGCCUUACUACCUGUACUGCUGCCUGCUGGCCAUGCUGGGAGUGAUCGUGUUCGUCAGGACGUGUCUGUCUAUGAAGACGCUGCUGCUCACUCUUGCUGUCGUGGUUUACCUCGCCCUCUUCCUCCACGUUUACGCCCCGAGGUCCUACUGCCUCAUCGACCUGCUUUACAAUGACACCAAGCCAGGCGUGCUGAAGGACCCUCAGAUCAUGUCUGGGGUUUGGCUGGUCAUCUUUUACAUUGUAUGCCUCAUUCUGGCCAGACAGGACGAGCUGGGCUCCCGUGUCGACUUCCUGUUGGAUUGCUGUUUCCAGACGGAGAAAGACGACAUGGAGACCAUGGAGAACGCCAACAAGCUCCUCCUUCAGAACGUCCUGCCGCUCCACGUCGCCUCCUUCUUCAUGGGCAAAACUAUAAGAAACCAGGAUCUGUACAGCCAGUCUUAUGACUGUGUGUGUGUCAUGUUCGCCUCGGUGCCUCAGUUCAAAGAGUUUUACAGCGAGAGCAGCGCCAACAGAGACGGUCUGGAGUGUUUGCGCUUCCUCAACGAGAUCAUAUCAGACUUUGAUGAGCUUCUCUCAAAGCCAAAAUUCUGUACAGUGGAGAAGAUUAAGACAAUCGGCAGCACCUACAUGGCUGCUGCGGGCCUCACACAUGUACCUCAAGGGGACGAACAAAAGAAAGUGGAGAUGUCCUACAGCCAUGUGCGCGCCAUGUUGGAGUUUGCCAUCGCUCUGAUGGGCAAACUGGAGCUUAUCAACACACACUCCUUCAACAGCUUCAAACUCCGGAUCGGAAUAAACCACGGCCCAGUGAUUGCAGGAGUGAUUGGAGCUAAUAAACCUCAGUAUGAUAUCUGGGGGAACUCUGUUAACGUGGCCAGCAGGAUGGAUAGCACAGGAGUGUUGGACAAGAUACAGGUGACGGAGGAGACGGCCCAGAUGGUGGAGAGCGUGGGAUACAACGUCACUCUGAGAGGAGUCAUCAACGUGAAAGGCAAAGGGGAACUCACCACCUACUUUGUUAACACGGACCACUCGUCUUCUCAUUUCUGACCUCCGUGAAACAGACCUGGAUCCAAACAAAAGCUGCAAACGCUUUGUUUUAAUGCACCUUGUGAACUAACCUGACACUGCCUGUAAUCAUCACUGACUUGAUGCUGAAACGAAGAUACAGCAAUACAGAGAAUCCUCUGCUGAUCAUUUCCACCUACAAAGGAGCUGCCUUUGUCUUUUGGAUGAGACACUAAAUAAAAUCCUGACCGGUUAAAUGAAGACAACUGGCAACUAACUCAUGGACCAUUUAAUGGCAAACUUUGUUGCUUACUGUAUCUGUACUGUAUCUGGGUUUUCCUGUGAAACUACCCCAUCACACACCUCUGUUCACUGUUUUAUUCUGAGAACAUAUAAUCUGAAUUAUACUUUUUAUUUUGGUAUGCUCAACACGGACGUACAACAGCGUUCAUGUACGAUUAAUUUAUUGGAAAAGAAUCUUAGACGUACAAAAGAUUACAAUUGUUUUGUGAAGAAUAUUAUAGAGGUAGCUUAGGCAAUAAGCAUAAAUUAAAACGAUUAUUAGAUUUCUUUUUCACUCCAUUGUGGUUUCAUUACGCUUUUGACAUCUUGAAAUGUUUAUUGGUUCAGAUCAUUCUGUGUCUUUAACUGUAGGGAAAAUAGGGCAGACAAUAUGUGCACUUGAAAUGUUUCUGUGUCUUUUCCAUUGGUUGGAGGAGUGACAAGAUAAAUCGUGAGGUACGUCACAGCAAAAGGAAGAAGAAACCCCCACAAGACUUGUACUGUAUAAGCUAUGUUUUUUAAUUUGUUAUGUUUUUCUCUAAUCUAUGCUUCUCUAAAGAAAUCCUGGAUAGUUUGACCUAUUAAGCCUAAUGAAAACUAUGUAAACUCACUAAAAGUUUGACGUUCUCACACCUCAUAAAUAUGCACAAGUACACACCGAUUUAAAUAAUGUGUCACGAUCCAAAUAAGGUAAGGAACCACUGGUUAAUGAUCUGAUUGCUCACCACUGGAGCCGGAAAUGAUAACUGUAGCCAUUAAAAUCAUGGUUUCUUUAUUCACUACUGCCCAAAACUGACACUUCAUGCUGUAACACAUCUGCACCCUGGCAUAAUGACGUGCUGUGUCAUGUAAAGUCAGAUAAUGCACAUUUGACAUUGCACUUUCUAAAAAUGUUGUGUUUUUUUGAAGGGAGUUCUGAAUUGCACUCCAGCUGUUGAUGACUCAUAAGAAAUUUCUGUGAGGGAUGAUGUGUGAAGUGUGAAUGCUAAAAAAAGAGUAUGUUAAGUACAUGGAAAUAUUUUUCUAUUAUAUUUAUAAACUA